UAAUUUAUAGAAUGUUUUGACUCCCAUAGGACUCUGGGCAGCCAACAGCUAGGAAUCAAAGUCUUAUUUUAAAAAGGCAUAAAAGAGAGGACUCAUUCACAGGCUUCAAACGGCUUCCUAAAAGAAGAGUUUUGUGAACUAUAUUAAAGGACAGACCCCUGCUGGUAACAAUGACAACUACCCUUGUAAAGUCAGAUGAAAACAAAAAUAAACGUAAAAAAGAAGCAAAGAAUGAAACUUCAGGAAAUGCACAGUUGGGUUUUUUGGAAAAAAAUGAUCCGGCUCCUGAAAGCUCCCAGAAAUUUCAUAAAACUGACACUUUGGAAACCAUUUUAAAGGGGAUAAGAAAUCUGGUGUCCAAGCAGAAGGUUCCAGUUACUUAUAGCCACAAGAAGGGCUUAGAAUGCAUCUCGCCAUUAUUCUCCACCGUAGAAGAAACACCUCAAGCAAUCCCAAUAAAACUUCAAGGGCAGAUUCCCAAAUGGCUGAAAGGAAAGCUAGUGAGGAACGGGCCAGGAAAAUAUGAAUUUGGACCAGAUAAGUUUAACCACUGGUUUGAUGGCAUGGCACUUAUGCAUAAGUUUGAAAUUGAGGAUGGGGUGGUGAAGUACAGCAGCAAGUUUCUCCGGAGUGAUUCUUACCUGACCAACAGCAAGAACAACCGAAUCAUGAUGUCUGAAUUUGGCACCUGGGCCAUACCAGAUCCUUGCAAGAACGUUUUUGACCGCUUCAUGUCAAAGUUUGACUUCUCAAAAGAGACCGACAACUGCGUUGUGAAUUUUGCGGUCAUUAAAGGUGACUAUUUUGUCAGCACGGAGACCAGUCAAAUGCACAGAGUGGAUCUGGACACGCUUGAAUCAAAGGAGAAGAUGAACUGGAAAAAAUACGUUGCAGUGAAUGGAGCCACAGCCCACCCACACUAUGAUCCAGAUGGAACAGUCUACAACAUGGGCAACUCUUAUGGGACGCACGGCUUCAACUAUAACAUCAUCCGUGUUCCUCCCCAGAAGGCUCAGCUUAGUGACUCCAGCCUGCAAGGUGCAGAAGUGCUGUGUACCAUUGAACCAGAGGACAGAAUGAAACCAGCCUAUUAUCACAGUUUUGGAAUGAGUGAAAACUAUGUGAUUUUUAUUGAGCAGCCCGUCCAGAUAAAGUUGUGGGAAAUCGUUACAGCCAAAUUUUGGGGGAAAUCCCUUCUGGAUGGACUGAGUUGGGAGCCUCAGCUAAACACCCGCUUUUAUGUCGUGAACAAGCACACGGGGCAGACCUUACCCUUGCAAUAUCAUAGCAAGGCCUUCUGCUAUUUCCAUAAUAUCAACGCCUUUGAGGACCAGGGCUGCAUCGUCCUGGAUCUCUGCUGUUUCGAUGAUGGGAAAGUUUUUGACAUUUACCGACUGCAGAACCUCCACAAGGCUGGGGAAGCCCUUGACCAGACCUACAACAUACUCCCGAAGCCAUUUCCACGGCGCUUUGUUCUUCCCAUCACUGUGAGCUCCAAGGCAUCUGUGGGGCAGAAUCUUAACCCUUUGUCCUACACGUUGGCAGAAGCUGUGAAGGAGGAGGAUGGGAAGAUCUGGUGCACACCUGAAAGUCUACACAAUGAGGACCUCAAAGAAGCAGGAGGAGUGGAAUUCCCUCAGAUCAAUUAUGCACAUUACUGUGGGAAAAAAUAUCGUUAUUUCUAUGGCUGCAGCUUUGGUCAUCUCGUUGGAGACUCCUUGGUCAAGGUUGAUACAGAAACCAAGGAGAUGAAGAUCUGGCGCGAGAAAGGGAUGUAUCCUUCAGAGCCCAUAUUUGUGCCAGAACCUGGUUCUUCAGCAGAAGACAAGGGAGUGAUCCUCUCGGUGGUGCUCACACCCAAGCAGAAUGAAGGUAGCUUCCUUCUUGUUCUGGAUGCGGAAAAUUUUGCCGAGCUGGGCCGCACUGAAAUCCCUGUCCAGAUUCCUUACGGUUUCCAUGGUGCCUUUGUUCCCAACAAAAAUGCCACCCGCUAAGACGGGUGAUUCGGGAUCUGCUCCAGGAUGCCCAAAAUGCUGUGGACAAAUUACUUCCUCUAAAUGUGCUUUAAAUUCCUAGGCUACCCAAUCAUGCUCUACUUUGAUUCACAGUAUAAACACAGUAU